AUGACUGGCGGCGGAAAGUCUGGCGGCAAGGCCUCUGGCUCCAAGAACGCGCAAUCGCGAUCUUCCAAGGCUGGUCUCGCGUUCCCUGUUGGUCGUGUCCACCGUCUCCUCCGAAAGGGCAACUACGCUCAGCGUGUCGGUGCCGGUGCUCCCGUCUACCUCGCUGCCGUUCUCGAGUACCUCGCUGCCGAAAUCCUCGAGUUGGCUGGUAACGCUGCCCGUGACAACAAGAAGACCCGUAUCAUUCCCCGUCAUCUUCAGCUCGCCAUCCGAAACGAUGAGGAGUUGAACAAGCUUCUGGGUCACGUCACCAUCGCCCAGGGUGGUGUCCUUCCCAACAUCCACCAGAACCUUCUGCCCAAGAAGACGGGUAAGACUGGCAAGAACGCUAGCCAGGAGCUGUAA